GGCGAAACCCCCAUCUCUACUAAAAAUAGAAAAAUUAGCUGGGCGUGGCGGCGCACGCCUGUAAUCCCAGCUACUCUGGAGCCUGAGGCAGGAGAAUUGCUUGAACCCGGGAGUCAGAAGUUGCAGUGAGCUGAGAUUGCUCCACUGUACUCCAGCCUAGGCAAAGGAGCUAGACUCUGUCUCAAAAAGAAAAAAAAGAAAAAGAAGAAAAUGAAACAGCCUUACUGCUGAUAUGGAGAAAGUUUGAAUGGUCUGUAUAGAGGAUCAAACUAUUCCCUUAAGCCAAAGCCUAAUCCAGAGCAAGGCCCUAUCUCUUUUCAGUUCUGUAGAGACUAAGAGAAGUGAGGAAUCUGCAGAAGAAAAGUUGGAAACUAGCAGAGGUUGGUUCAGAAGGUUUAAGGAAGGAAGCCAUUUCCAUAACAUAAAAAUGCAAGGUGAGGCGGCAAGUGCUGAUGGAGAAGCUGCAGCAAGUUAUCCAGAAGAUCCAGCUAAGAUAAUUGAUGAAAGUGGCUACACUAACAACACAGUUUCCAUGCAGAUGAAACAGCCUUCUAUUGGAAGAAGAUGCCAUCUAAGACUUUUAAUAGCCAGGAAGGAGAAUUCAAAGCUUCACAGGACAGGCUGACUCUCUUGUUAGGAGCUAACGCAACUGGUGACUUUAAGUUGAAGCCAAUACUCAUUUACCAUUCUGGAAAUCCUAGGGUCCUUAAGAAUUAUGCUAAAUCUCCUCUGUCUGUGCUCAAUAAAUGGAACAGCAAAGCCUGGAUGACAGCAUAUCUGUUUACAGUGUGGCUUACUGACUAUUUUAAACCCACUGUCGAGACCUACUGUUCAGAAAAGAAUAUUUUUUUCAAAAUAUUGUUGGUCAUUGACAAUGCAGCAAGUCACCCAAGAGCUCCAAUGGAGAUGUACAAGCAGAUGAAUGUUGUUUUCAUGCCUGUAACACAAUAUCCAUUCUGCAGCCCAUGGAUCAAAGAGUAAUAUUGAUUUUCAAGUCUUACUAUUUAAAAAAUAGGUUUUUAUAAAGCUGUAUAGCUGCCAUACAUAGACAGUGAUUUCUCCAAUGAAUUUGGGCAAAGUCCAUUGAAAACCUUCUGGAAAGGAUUCACCAUUGUAGAUGCCAUUAAGAAAUUUGUGAUUCAUGAGAGGAAGUAAAAUUAUCAACAUUAACAGGAGUUUGGAGGAAGUUGAUUCCAGCCCUCAUGGAUGACUCGGGGGUUUAAGGCUUCAGUGGAGGAAAUAACUGCAGAUGUGGUGGAAAUAAAACUAGAAUUAGAAGUGAAGCCUGAAGAUGUGACUGAAUUGCUGCAAUCUCAUGACAAUACUUGAUCAGACAAGGAGUUGCUUCUUAUAGAUGAGCAAAGGAAGUGGUUUCUCAGGAUGGAAUCUACUCCUGGUAACCACGUUGAGAACAUUGCUGAGAUGACAACAAAGGAUUUAGAAUAUCACAUAAACGUAGUUGGUAGAGCAGAGGCAGAGUUUGAGAUGAUUGACUCUAAUUUUGAAAGAAGGUCUAACUGUGGGUAAAAUGCUAUCAAACAGCAUCACGUGCUACAGAGAAAUCUUGUGAAAGGAAAAGUCUGUGGCAAACUGUAUUGUCUUGAUUUCGGAAAUUGCCACAGCCACCUCGCCCUACGGCAGCCACCACCCUGACCACUCAGCAGCCAUCAAUAUGGAGGCCAGAUCCUCCACCAGCAAAAAGAUUAGGACUUGCUGAAGGCUCAAAUAAUCAUUAACUUUUUAUUAGCAAUACAUUUUUAAAUUAAGUUUGGAUGACUUUAACAAUUGGAUUUCUAAAGCCAUAAGUUCUCGAGAAACUGAUCGCCUCAUCAAUUCUGAGCUGGGAUCUCCCAGCAGGACAGACCCUCUCGAUGGUGAUGUUCAGCCAGCAACGUGGCGUCUAUCUGCCCUGCCGCCCCGCCUCCGCAGCGUGGACACCUUCAGGGGGAUUGCUCUUAUACUGAUGGUCUUUGUCAAUUAUGGAGGAGGAAAAUAUUGGUACUUCAAACACGCAAGUUGGAAUGGGCUGACAGUGGCUGACCUCGUGUUCCCGUGGUUUGUAUUUAUUAUGGGAUCUUCCAUUUUUCUAUCAAUGACUUCUAUACUGCAACGGGGAUGUUCAAAAUUCAGAUUGCUGGGGAAGAUUGCAUGGAGGAGUUUCCUGUUAAUCUGCAUAGGAAUUAUCAUUGUGAAUCCCAAUUAUUGCCUUGGUCCAUUGUCUUGGGACAAGGUGCGCAUUCCUGGUGUGCUGCAGCGCUUGGGAGUGACAUACUUUGUGGUUGCUGUGUUGGAGCUCCUCUUUGCUAAACCUGUGCCUGAACAUUGUGCCUCGGAGAGGAGCUGCCUUUCUCUUCGAGACAUCACGUCCAGCUGGCCCCAGUGGCUGCUCAUCCUGGUGCUGGAAGGCCUGUGGCUGGGCUUGACAUUCCUCCUGCCAGUCCCUGGGUGCCCUACUGGUUAUCUUGGUCCUGGGGGCAUUGGAGAUUUUGGCAAGUAUCCAAAUUGCACUGGAGGAGCUGCGGGCUACAUCGACCGCCUGCUGCUGGGAGACGAUCACCUUUACCAGCACCCAUCUUCUGCUGUGCUUUACCACACCGAGGUGGCCUAUGACCCCGAGGGCAUCCUGGGCACCAUCAACUCCAUUGUGAUGGCCUUUUUAGGAGUUCAGGCAGGAAAAAUACUAUUGUAUUACAAGGCUCGGACCAAAGACAUCCUGAUUCGAUUCACUGCUUGGUGUUGUAUUCUUGGGCUCAUUUCUGUUGCUCUGACGAAGGUUUCUGAAAAUGAAGGCUUUAUUCCAGUAAACAAAAAUCUCUGGUCCCUUUCGUAUGUCACCACGCUCAGUUCUUUUGCCUUCUUCAUCCUGCUGGUCCUGUACCCAGUUGUGGAUGUGAAGGGGCUGUGGACAGGAACCCCAUUCUUUUAUCCAGGAAUGAAUUCCAUUCUGGUAUACGUCGGCCACGAGGUGUUUGAGAACUACUUCCCCUUUCAGUGGAAGCUGAAGGACAACCAGUCCCACAAGGAGCACCUGACUCAGAACAUCGUCGCCACUGCCCUCUGGGUGCUCAUUGCCUACAUCCUCUAUAGAAAGAAGAUUUUUUGGAAAAUCUGAUGGCUCCCACUGAGAUGUGCUGCUGGAAGACUCUAGUAGGCCUGCAGGGAGGACUGAAGCAGCCUUCGUUAAAGGGAAGCAUUCAUUAGGAAAUCAACUGGCUGCGUGUUUACAGACUCUGGGGGAAGACACUGAUGUCCUCAAACUGGUUAACUGUGACACGGCUCGCCAGAACUCUGCCUGUCUAUUUGUGACUUACAGAUUUAAAAUGUAAUUGUCUUUUUUCCUCCAUCUUCUGUGGAAAUGGAUGUCUUUGGAACUUCAUUCCAAGGAGAUAAGCUUUAACUUUCCAAAAGGGAAUUGCCAUGGGUGUUUUUCUUCUGUGGUGGGUGAAACAAUCUGAGGUCUGGUUCUUGCUGACCUUGUUGCCCUGCAAACUUCCUUUCCACGUGUACGCGCACACCAACACGAAAUGCCAUCACUCCUACUGUGGCUGCUAUGAAGCUUACUGGUUGUGAUGUGUUAUAAUUUAGUCUGUUUUUUUGAUUGAAUGUAGUUUAAUGUUUCCAGAAAGCCAAAGUAAUUUUCUUUUCAGAUAUGCAAGGCUUUGGUGGGUCCAAAAAAUGUCUAUCACAAGCCAUUUUUUCCUUUUCCUCUCUCGAAAAGUUAAAACAUCUACGUGUUAUUCCCAAACCCUCUUACCUAUGUAUCUGCCUGUCUGUCCAUCAUCUUCCUUCCUCCCUAUCUCUGUGCAUCUGGAUGGCAGCCGCUGCCCAGGGGAGUGGCUGUGGGGAGGGCAGGUACUGUCUUUGCCCGUGGGUCCAGCUGAGCCAUCCCUGCUGGGUGAUGCUGGGCAAGACCCUUGGCCCGCCUGGGCCUUGGCUUCCUCACUUGUGAAAUGAGCGGGAAGAUGACUCUCAGUUCCUUCCACCUCUUAGACAUGGUGAGGUAACAGACAUCUAAAGCUUUUCUGAAAUCUUCAGAAGAAAUAGUUCCAUUACAGAAAACUCUUCAAAAUAAAUAGUAAUGAAAACUUUUAAAAACUCUCAUUGGAGUAAGUCUUUUCAAGAUGAUCCUCCACAAUGGAGGCAGCAUUCCUACUUGUCAUCACACAGCUGGAGACAUUGUUUCUUAGGUGUGAAAUCGGGGACAAAGGACAAACAGAGACACACGGCAUUGUUCAUGGGAGGCAUCGUCACCCUCCUGGGUGUUCUGUGGGAAUUUCCUGUGUGAGGAAAACGUCGCCACAGGGUUGUGCUGUACCCAUCCUUCCCCGGCGAGAUGGCCCUCGGCCUGUGCCGCUGCUUCCACCCUCGCCACUCCAUGGCAGCUUUUGGUCUGUUUCCGGCUCUGCCCUCUGCCCUGAACUCUCAUCCAGCUUGUACCUGCCUGCUGGACCCCUCCACCUGGAGGCCAGCCCAUGUCUCAGGCCCAGCCCUACCCUCUUCUCCUCAAAUUCUAAGUGUUUUCUCUUUAAGUUUCCCUGGCUUUGUGAAUGGAUCAUGUGUCUCUAGGUAUAAACCUGCCAUCAUCUUUUCACCCGGCUUACCUCCACCAGAUCUCCCCAGUUCUGUCUCCAUCUUCCACCUGCAGCUGCUUUGUUCUCAUGGUCACUGCUGCAUCACUGAGUCUGGACCCUUGUUAUCAUUUUCAAACUGGCCUCCUUCCCUCGUUCCCCCCUUCUUAAAGUCACCUGUCCAUUGCCACCAGAUUAAGCUUUCUCCAGCCAGAUCACCUCUCUCUGAGAAACCUCCAUUGACAUGGAAACACCAUUGUCUGGCACACAUACUCACAUACUCACCUUCCCGUCUUGAUCCCCACACAUCUUUCCAGCCUCCCCUCCCACUCCACUCCCCCCUCCCUCCUCCACCUCCCCAUCCUCUUUUCUCCCCUCCCCUCUGAAUCCAGCCCAGCGGGGCUUCUCCUGCCUCCAUCACAUCACAGAAGUACCUCCUGCUUCUGGUUUUAAUUAGAGCCUUCCCCGAUUACAUUUUCCUCUGAAUUUUUUCCUAUCUACAUUUGAUCUGUCAUGUUUAAACCCCCUACUUCUAAGGGACCUUCUCUAAUCUCUUAUCCUCAUCCCCAAAUAGUGUUUUCUUCCUCUGGGUUCUUAUAAUGCUGGUAUCAAUCUCACAGCAUUUAGUGCUUCCUGCCUGGUGUGACAGUUACCUGUGUGCAUGUGCAAUUUCUAAUUUCCCACACUAGACUGUGAGCUUCCUAAGGCAAGAAUCAUGCCUUGUUGGUUUCUGUAUUCCUCAUGGUGCCAAACACAGUGCCUUGUACAUUGCAGGUGCUGAAUAAACAUUUUUAAAGCAAAGUGAUGGGGAUUUUUAAAAUAAAUAUUUAAGUGCUGGUAAGAUGAACAUGGAUCCGGGGUGCCCAUGAAAUGUUCUUGGGGCCGUGUGGGGACAGUCGUCAUUCCUCCUCCUGCCACCCUUUUCUUGCAGUGAGUCACUGUGGAUGGUCCCAGCUGUGUCAUCCCAAAGUUCAGCAGGGAAAGCUGAGCUGGGCCUCUCCAGGUGAGUUUUCUAGAAGCAUUUCUCAAACUGUGGGUUACAUCAACUUGGGUGUCUUGAGCUGUAAGGAAGGAACUCCGGAGUCAGCUGGGCUACAGGGGAGCUUCUCUAAGUCCUGCAGGAGGCCAGACCCAGCCUGAGCUUGCUGUUAGCUAGCGGAGGCAGCUGCUGGUGGCCCAGGUGCUCGACACCAGGCAUCCCCUCUCCUCCCAUGAAGGGUGUGCCAUAAUCCCCUUCAACAGGAAAUGCUUCCCAGAAGCCUCUCAACAGCCUCCCCUCCUGUCCUAUCAGCUAGAAGCGCCUCGCUUGUCCCAAGACCAGCAGGGACAGGGAACUGUCCGAGCCCGUGGCUGUGUGGAGGAAGGCGACCCCCAGCACAAGAUUGGUUUCCUUUGGGAAGGGAAGAGGGAGUGUGUUGGGGUAAGGGGUAGAGCAGAGGAAUGGUCAGGGGGCAACAACCGCUGACAGCUGCAACAGGUGCAUGGCAUCUCACAGGGAGGCAGGGAGGUGCGAGCUCCUAAGUAAUGGAGCAAAAAAAUUCUGUAGAAUGGGGAGAGAAAAUGUGACAUUUUAAUUUUUUUUUGCAUUUAUAUUCCUAAUUCCUACUUAUAAUAAAGUGAAUAUACUGCCGCUGUAGAUCAUAAAAUGUAUCUUUUCCAUGGCCAACAAGGGGCAUCUUUUAUAAAUGCAUAAUAACCCAGUUUGUAUCAAAGGGUAUCGACUUAAGUGAAAUUUCAACAUGCUGUUACUUUUUCCUUUUAAUGUAAUUCUGUUUUCCAAAUAAAUGGGGGAGACAAAUGGA